GAGAAAUUUUAUGCGGUGGGGCGGAUUCCGAACGUUUUUGGCAAGCGGGAAGGCAAACCCAGUUAUGACGCCAUUACGGCUGCUCGCUUAAUUGACCGCUCGCUCCGCAUCUGCUAUCUCUGCUCUGAUUUACCUUUUUUUACUACGUCCCUGGCCGCUGUGAUUGUUGGAAAAAAUGAAAAAAAUUUUAUUAGCAACCCCAGCCGGGAAAAAUUAGAUAAUUCACCUUUAGAGUUAAUUGUUAGUGCUACGGAGGAAAAAAUUACCAUGCUGGAAGCAGGAGCUCGGGAAAUAGAGGAAGCAGAAUUGACCCAAGCCAUUACUUUCGCUCACCAAGAAAUUCAGAUAUUAAUCGGUUUUUUUCAACAUAUUGCUAACAGUUUAGGAGUCAGAAAAGAGCCAAAAAUGGCUCAAUUAGAAAAAAAAACCAGCGAUCAAUGGUUAGAGGAAAAAGGAAAUUAUUACUUGGGAGAGUAUUGUGUUCAAAAUCCUCAAUUAGAGGAAGAAUUUGUGAAAGAUUUGGUGGAGGAAUUUUGA